ACAGUGGAGAGUGUGUGCUGUACAAUGUGGUGUAGCAGGCGGGGAGGGACAGAGGCAGGAAGGAGGGAGCUGCUGCUGCUGCUGCUGCUGUCUCUGUUGCUGCUGUCUCCGCUUCUGCUCGGCGAGAGAAGAAAGACCAACGCGGGGGCGACACACAAGGUAGGCUGCUAACAAGAGAGGGCAGCAUGGCGGGGCUACAGGACUUCCAGCAAGGCAGCCACUGUCACAGGAAAACGUGGAUCAAUAUACUACUAGGACUAUUACAAUUAAUUCUCCCUUGCGUCCAACACGGAGGGGCUCAGCUGCAAGCUCUGAGUCAGAUGUCCACCAGCGUGGUCGAAGUGUGGCAGCCAGAAGAUGCAGAGCCAUUAAUUCCCAUUCAGGUGGAAAAGGAGCAAAAAAGAGAUGGUCUCCCAUUGGAAGACAGCUCCUCUCCAUAUUCACAUGAGAAUGGGAGACCCUUACAUUUUCAGCCACCAGUGUUGGACUUUGGGACCCAACCACUGGGCCUGCCAAGAGCUGAGACCAUAUAUAUACACAACCCCAGCCAGGAAGUUCCUGUGACACUGCUGUCAAUGUUUACAUCCAGCAGACAUUUUUACAUACCUUCCUUUCACAGAAGAAUUAUCCCACCCAGAGGGAAGGCAUCUUUUAAACUUAUUUUCCUCCCGUCUGAGGAGGCCACUGUAGAAAACACAUUAUUUAUAAACACAUCAGCCCAUGGGCUUCAUUCAUACCAGCUCUUUGGUGUGGGAGUUCACCGGGGCUCGUUAAAGUCUGUCCAGAGAAAGGACAGUCUGCUAAUAUUCCCUCAUAUCCAGAGCAUUAAGCUGACCCAAACUCAGGAAGAUGCAUCUAAUAUCACUAUACUGGGUUUACUCCUGGAGUGCACCAUCCCCAAGAGUUUGUUCAACAAUCCUCGGGGGUCCUGCCUCCAGAACGAGGAGCACCUCAGUCUCCAGAUCAAUCUGUCAGUGCAUGGUGACCGACCAGCUGACCUUGACAAGCUCAAGCCUUACGUCAUUGAGCACAUACUCGUGCUGCUGGUGGCCCCCACUGCUGGAAAGGCUGCAGUAGGAGAACCCAAAAUAGGAGUUUAUAUGUUAAAUUCUGGAGCCAAGAAGCUCUAUGUAAAGGAUGUGCAGGUUCUAUCAAAGGUGGAGGUCAACCUGGAAUUCAAUCAAGUUCCUCUCAGACCAGAAGCAAAAAACCUCAGUGAAGUUGCUACUCUGACCUGCAGAGGAUCUUUGCCGGGCCAAGGCAGGAAAUGCAUAAAUCUUAUCAAUUUAAAAAUUUUGGGAAACAGAACAACACGUGGAUUCCCUGGGUUAGAGGUCACACACAGCCUGAUUGAGAUGAAGCAAAGUGCAGCAGACCAGGUGGAUCUGUGGCUGACCAACACACUCAUGCUGCCUCUUACUGUGAUGAACGUCAGCCUCUCUCAGAAGCUGCGGGGUGUGAUGAAGGUGGUGAACUUCAGUGGUCCGCUCACAGUUCCUCAAGGCUGCUGGCAGAUCCUGUCCCUCAAACAGCUGACUAAGGCUCUGCCUGUUAGUCUUCUGUCCACGCUGAGGCUGGAGACGAGUUUAGGGUCACCACUGAAUGUUCCCCUCCUUUUUCAAUCUACUCCUUCCAAAGUGGGACACAUUAUGUUGGAGGCAGAGCGAGAGUGUGGGCGUCCUUGCCAUCUUAGGCUGUCUGAAACAGGGCGAGUGGAGUGGCAGCGUUCCCUCCUGCCAGACUUUUCCUCUACAUCCUGGGCUGUGGACAGCAAACUAGCUGUUGAACUCUGCUCUGAAUGGCAGAGCUACAAGGACAAACUUCCUUGCAGUUCUUUCAGAUGGCCCAGACUCCCCGUAGAGACAUCUGCUCCUCUGGAUUUUGGUCCAACACCUGUUAACGAAAGCAAGGCAAAGACCUUUAUGCUGAAGAAUCCGUCUUCUUCAGUCGUGUCUGUGGAAAUUCGCCUCCUCUCCCUGUAUCCGGCUCCUAUAGAGGCUCUGGAUCUCCUCACCAAAUGGUUUAAUAUCAGCCCGCUUUCCGUCAACAUCAGCACCAGAGAGUUUUCUCUUUUCGCUUCUCCGCUCAAGGCAGGUGAGAGUGUGGAGCGAGCGACAAGGCAGGGUGUGUUACGUCUGCUGCUGCAGCCCUGGGAGUCCAGAGAAGUCUCUGUGGUCUUCACGCCCUCUGAACACAAACCCACCACUACUAUUCUUAUUAUCAGGAACAACUUAACCGUGUUUGAUAUGGUGAUGGUAAAAGGCCACGGUGCCAAAGAGCUGCUCAGAGUUGGAGGUAAAUUACCUGGCCUCGGAGCUUCACUGCGCUUUAACGUUCCCCAAUCAACCCUAAUGGAGUGCCGUGAUGGUCUGCGUACAAACAAGCCACUUUUUGCCAUCAGAAAAAGUUUUAAAGUAGAGAAUGCAGGAGAGCUGCCUCUGACCGUCAUGUCCAUGAAUAUAAAUGGAUACAAGUGUCAGGGGUUUGGCUUUGAGGUUCUACAGUGUCGCUCCUUCAGCCUGGACCACAACAGCUCAGCUGAGCUCACGAUCGCGUUCACUCCAGACUUUACUUCGUCCUGGGUGAUACGGGACCUCACCCUGGUCACGUCUCGCGGCACCUCUUUCACUUUUACCCUCAACGUGACGCUUCCCCACCACAUGUUGCCUCUCUGUGCUCAGGUGGUUCCUGGACCGAGCUGGGAGGAAACCUUCUGGGUCAUCACUCUCAUCUUUACAUGCUUUUCGCUGUUUGGUGUGUGUUUGAUGGCCUUCCAUCAGGCUCAGUAUAUUCUGAGUGAGUUCUCCUCAGCCAGCAUCAGAAGCAGCCACAACUCUGUCCUGUCCCGGGACAACAGCUCUGUCAACAAUAUCACUCCAAAUGGAGUCAAUAAAACAAAGGGAAGUUGCAAGAGUUAUGUGGACACCUGUCACACCUCUGAUAAAGGUAAGGGGCGUGGCUCUCCAGCCUUGGCUAAUAGCGCCGCCCCACGGCCUCAGUCUGCAAAGAAAGGGUCUUCAACUACCCAAUCCCAGCCUCAAAAGAAACACAAGGUUUCCCUCUAUUACACCAAAUACAAGUCCAGUCCAAUGACGGCAGCACCAGGUGCUGUGACAAUGGAUGAAGAUAACGAGGAUUUGACCCCUGAUGCCCCUCUUACCCCAGACUCUGAUGUUUGCAACAACAACAUACCGGCCUUCAUUAGUGAAAUAGACAAAAAGAUGUCAGCAGACUUCAGAGAAGAAACCCAAAGCGCAAUGGAAGAUCAGAGGCCUGCAGUUAUGUUUCCCAUGGAAAUGCCUGCUGGCUUCCCAGAUAAGGUCACUUUAAGUCCAGGACCUAAACCAGGUCUCAUAGUGUGCAGUCCUGUGGAGCCCAUCGCUGAAAAAAGGGAAUGUUCUGAAGUAGAGUUCAGAGACUACGGUAAAGGCCAGAAAAAGAAAGCACAAGGCCCAGAGUCAGUGACUGCAGCAGGAAAUAACAAGGGAAAGAUGAGUCGCAGGAAGAUAGCAAAUAACUCCAGCCCUCCAGAGCACAACGUGCUCAUAAUGUCAGAGAGAGAAAAAGAGCCCGAGUGGAAAACAGGGGACCAUAACAGCAGUGGAACACGGAGCAGGAACCACUGCUGCAACAGUUCCAAGACAGAAAUGCCAAAGCCUCUGCGUAGCGAUGAGAGUCCUCUCAAACUAAACGGUGUGUGUCCGGCCCGUGCUCGUAGAAAGUGCGCCACAGAGCGACGUGGUGGUGUGUGUGAGUCUGGCUCAGACUCCGGCAGUUCAACAGGCAGUGUGAGGGCCAGUAGAGGGAGCCGUGGCAGCUGGAGCAGUGCCAGCAGCAUGGAGGGCGACAAGGAUCCGAGUUCAAAGAUGCACGCCUGCACUACCUCAUCUAGAAAAAGGGACUCCUUGCAGUACAGUGUCUACCCUGUAGAGAGAGACUGCUAUCACACCAUGAAUACAAACUACAAGGCUCACAGCAUGAACAACUUGUAUCGUAAAGACAUGUGCCAAAGCCCAGAGCCCGCACCCCCGAGUUUUGCCCCAAGUUUUGCUGCAGUUGCUGCAGGUGUGGACAGAAAUAUGGAGCUGACCGGUCAGUACAUGCCUGAGGAGACGUGGUCCGCCCCCUCCAUUCCUCUGACCAACGAAUUCAGAUACAACACCACUGAGGCAAUGCCCUUCAUACCUCAGCCACCAGCCCCCAGGCCAUACAAUGGAUAUACAUGGAGUAACAACAGCCAGUGCAACAACCCCUACACCUACUGUGAGGAGGCCAACUACAUAGGUAAUGGAACAUUUCCCAGUGGUUUCUCUGCUCAGGAGAGUCAGAGCACACACACCAAUCAGAGCUGCUGGACAGAGGAGCAACCGCAGGAGUCGCCCUCAACCUGGGACACAGGAGCCUGUGUGGGCAGCAAGCCAUACUUUUCAGGUACACGCAGCCUCUCCCCCAUGUCCAGUCUGUUCGGUUCCAUCUGGACGCCACAGAGCGAGCCCUACCAGAGCCACUUCCAACCAGAGAGAUCAGCCCCCAUAACGCCCGUGUCACCCAUCAGCCCGCCUCUCUCCCCCUACAGUCGGGAGCCAGAGGGAGGAUGCCGACCCAUCCAGUACUCCAGCUUCAACCCGUUUGGGCCACACAUGAACCUGGACAUAUGGAACUCUUCGUCCAACCGCAGCUCCAACUCACAGCUGUCCAAUGACUCCGGCUACUGCGGAGAUGCUUGAGAAGAAGAAGAAGAAGAAGAAGAAGAGAGGAGGAGGAGCGGAGGAGAGAGAAGCAGAGUCGAACAGUCAUUGGAAACAUAUAACAGAUUGAUAUGUAAAAGAAAGGAAAUAAAAAUGAAUGUUCUUUUUAUCAUUA